UUUGCACACAAAUGGGAUCAAAGUCCCUUUAGACUAAUAGGACCCUUAGGUCCAUCAGUUUGAAAACCUAGCCCAUUGCUUGGUUUUGUUCUCUUAGGAGCCUUCAUGGUUGAGAGUAAGCUGUCGCCUCCCCCUUCUUGCAUUGAGAAGCUUGACGUCAUGAGAGGAGAAGAGUCGUCCUGCCGCUUGUCGCCGACGUCACCAGAGUAGUGUGAUUCUGCCAAGAAGCUUCUGUCACUGUUGCUUCCUUCUUGCAACGUUAAUUGGGAGACAUGAAUGUUCGAGCUUUGUUCGGUGGCCCUGAGGUUGUAGGUGCAAGAGCUAACAAGAGGAGAAAACAGUUAGCGAACAAGAACAAGGGGACCCUUGUAGAGUCUUCUUCUGUUCGUUCAGGUCAGAGUCGACCUCCAACUGGGGUUACAUCGCUGGCCCCUGCUUCGACUGCUAGUGUGGUUCCCACGACCCGUUCCUUAUCACCUAUAUUACAUUCUCGUGUUCAAAUUGUGGUACCUAGAUUUGAAGAGGUCAUUCAGAGUGACCAGAUACGGGCAGAAUGGUCCUUCUCUGGAGUUUGCGUCCCCAACGAGAUCAUUCGCCAUUCUAUUGCCAACACUGUUCAGACAAUGAUCACCUUGAACAACCUAUCUAAAUCUAUCGAGCAGUUGAAGAAGGAUAAGGAAGAUACAUGUCGUGCCCUCAUGUCUGAGAUAGACAUUGUUCAUGGUGAGAGGAACAGUUGUAAGAUCAAGCUCGAGCAACUCAAAAGUUCUUACCGAGAGCAAUCAACUAAAGGUCGUGAUUGA